AGCUUUGGCUCAUGGAGCCCAGUGCUUAGAUGUCCACACUCGGCCAUGGCAAUGUGAUUUUCCCGAGACUUGCGGAGCCCAGGAGCCACCACGGUGGUCAAGGAGUUCUCGAAACUCCACAUAGCUUAAGUGCGGAGUGACAGACUCAAACCACAGAAAUUCGGAAGGCGACUUUCAUCUCGAGGCGCAGACUCUGGUGUGCAGGGCUGGUGUGCAGGGCUGGUGUGCAGGGCUGGUGUGCGGGUUACUUGCUGGUGUGCAGGGCUCAUGGAGCAGGCGCUGCGGGCUCUGCGGCAGCUGUCGGCCGGGCUCACCACGGAGGCUGCGGUGUGGAAGGCAGCGGCGCUGGUUCCAGCCGACGCCCCGGAUGCCGACGCCGGCGCCGACGGCGAGCGGGGCGAGCUCUACACCUGGGGCCGGGCCACCAACUAUCAGCUGGGCUACGGCGCCAAGAAUGAGCAGCAGAUCCCCAGGUUGGUGCAGGUCCCUUUAGGGAAGCAAGUGACGUUUUUGGCCUGCGGGCGGUUCCACAGCGUGGCGGCGACCUCCUGCGGCUGCGUGCUGUCCUGGGGCUUCUCAGGCGCCUCCGGGCGCCUGGGCCUCGACUCGGACGCCGGGGUGGCGCCCCAGGCGCUGCCUCAGUUUGGGCCUGGCCGGCACCAGGCCGUGAAGGUGGCCGCAGGUGUAAACCACACGCUGGCGAUGACGUCUGCCGGGAAAUUGCUUGUGUGGGGCUCCAACGAGAAGGGCCAAGUCGGCCUACCGGGGGAAAGCGUGGUGCAGCCAGUCGUAUUGAAGGCAGCGGCUUUGCAGAAGCAGCGCGUAAUCGACAUUGCCGCGGGGGCCACACACUCACUUUGCAUAGCAGGGGAGAGUGGACUCGUUUUCGCGUGGGGCUGCAAUGCGAACGGUGCACUUGGCUUGGGAUCACCACCAACUGGACCCACGAGUGCCUCUCAGCCUCAAGGGCUACCCCACCUCAAGUCUGCCACCUCACUUGCAGCAAAUCCAUGCGGAAGUAUCAGCGUAUGCCUUGUCAGCACCCAUGGAGAUGCGCUGAUGUUCGGGGGCUCGCCGGUGGCCAGCACCGCGGCAGACAUCCGCUCCUUGGAUCCCCGCUUCUUCGUGCCCGGCCGGAUUCGGCGCAAGGAGCCUGACCCUUUUGAGAGUCAGGAUCGGGACUGGCAGGUCCAGCGGGGAGGCUUGGCGCCAUUGCAGCGGGUGACGGUGAGCGACUCGGAAGCCUUCGGCAUCGACACCGAGGGAGCUGUCUGGGUCUGGGCAACAGCCCUGCGCCCGGCAGUGGCGGAGCUGGUGCCGGUGAGCUUGAAGCGGGCUGUGCGAGCAAGGCUGCCGAGCAACGAGCUGGGCUUGGAUGGUGAGUUUGUCCUCGUGGACGGCGAGAUGUCGCAAGAGUUGACAGAAUCGUCCAGUGUUCCUCCUUCCCCUCUGAUGCCUUCAGCUGGCUAUGAUGAUGUUGAGAAGGUCGGGAUCUCUGAACUGGGAUUCUCCUUCAAAGCUGGGGCUGCCUGGGCAGUGGAUGAUUCGGAGGCCGGCCAUCUCUGGCGGUUGAAGCGACCCAAAGCCAAGGGCUGGUGGGCUGCUGAACGCUACGAGUACCUGGCGCAGGUCUCCUGUUUCGCUUGCGGCCCAGAGCACCAGGCAGCUGUGACAAGCUUCACUGCCCCGCCACUUCCUGCGCGAGAGCCGAGCCACGGCGAGAGGGUGCCGUCGCUACAGAAGCUCUGUGAGGACAAGCUCUGUGCCAAGCUGACCCCCCGCUCCUUCGGUCUCCUCUGCGACAUUAGCUGGGAGCUGAACCGUCCUGGCCUUCUGGACCAGGCCUUCCGCUUCCUCUGCGCCAACGCGCCGCUGAUGUUCUCCAAGCUGCAUUUGCCAACGCUGAGCCAGCUCCCGGUGGAGGUCUUGGCGGCGUUUGAGGUGGCGGCAAAAGCCAAGAACGCCGCCGGCCUGGGCCCGGCAAUGGCAAGCCUCCAGCUGGAGCCGCUGCCGGAGAAUCUUAUCGACACCGAAGCCGACGCUGCAGGCACUGCGGGCGCUCCCUUUGGCCUGGACGAUUUUGAGGACUCCCUGUCAGAGACGGUGAGAAUCUGCGAGUCCGGGCAGUGGGCUGGUGCUGCCUCUCAGGCGCUGUCGUUGCUGGCUGUGUGUUUACCUGGCACCGCUGCAGGGGAGGGUCCUACGGCCGAGCGUUUGGGCUUGACCUUCCCAGAGAAAGACGAGCCAAAGGAGCUCAAAGAGAAGGAGAGCAAGCGCCGGCCGGUGAACUCUCCCGCUAUGAUCCCCAAGGCUUCGCCUGCAAUGUCUUUCAAGGCUUCGCCCGCAAUGUCCUUCAAGGCAUCGCCCAAGUCGGGUGUGGCCUCCCCAUCUUUGCAGCCGGAAAUUGAGGCGCAGGAUUGGACGGAGGUGAGGAAUAGGCCUCGGAAAAGUUCCGACUCGCUUGUCUCGCAGGCAAGCCCGAAGCUCAAAGCUGACGAGCCUGUUGCCUUCAGUCCAAAGGGCAGUAAGAAAGGAGACAGAGACAGCAGCAAAGGGCAAGGCAAGACAUUGGCAUCUGUGGAUGAGAAUACAUCGGCGCGGCACUUGAGGCUGGCUGAUUUCCUUCAGCCGGCUUUCAAAGGCAAGGGCAAGAGCCAAGCCUCCCGAUCCAAACUGGAUGGCCCAUCCGGCGCGUCCGGGCCAUCUGCCGUUCUCGUGUCUGCAGUGGAGUCCGCCGGCAAGGCCGGCGCGCGCGCCUGGGCGGUGCCGGACAUCGACCGCAUUCCGCUGGACUUGGGCGACAAGCCGCGACCCAAAGCGGCAGACGGGCACAAGGUGAUCACUUGCUCCUGGGGCCGGGACGCGCUGCCCUCGGAGCAGUCCAAGAAUCUCCCCAUGGCGGAGAUCCAACGCCAGGAGGAGCUGCUGAGGCAGCAGGACGAGAUCCUGGAGAUCGAGGCCAUGUUCGCCGCUUUGGAGGUGGCGGAGAUCGAGGAGGCCAUGGAGCAGUCCAAGGAUGAUGAAGGGAUGACGCCUGGGGCGACUGGGAAAGAGACUGGCAAGGAAACUGGGAAGGAGAAGGAGAGCAAGGGUGGUACUAGUAAGAAGGCUCAGGCCAAAGCAGCCAAAGCCAAGCCAAAGGAGGACUGGAAGAGCCACCGCCGAGACUGGUGGUCCCAAGGCUGGUCAGACUGGAAUUCUGGAUGGUGGGAGUCAGGCAAGACUGUGCACUGGCAGAAGCGACAGAGCGGCGGAGAACCUGAGAGAGAUGCAUGAGCAAGCCGAAGGUGGCCCCACGCUCAGCGCAAAACUUACCAACAGCCGGAAGCCAACCCAUGUCUGGUGAAAAGUAAGGUACCUCAGACCAAAAUGCUGCAUAGUCAAGGACCAUGUCAAUCUCAAUUAGUU